UAUGUUUAUUUUUCUUGUGCAUGGGUAUCCGUUCAACCCGUGCUUGACUAAAGAGAAUUAUACUGAAAUACAGGACAAAGUUAAGGGAGUCUUUGACCAGCUUAAGUCUGCUUGGUGGCACCUACUAUCCUUUGGAGGGAAUGACUAAAGAGGUUCAAACUCAAUCAAUCAAGGACCACUUUUUCUUCAAAAAAGGAGACCGCUUUUUCAAGCUGCGAAUGAUUGUCGUUAUGCUUGUCGUAUUUUAUAUAUUGUCUAUUAAAAAUAAAAUUUUUUUGAGGAAUA